GCCCUUGACUACACUUCUCCUUAAUUCUCGACUCUGUCUUGUCCUGUCUUGUCUUAGCAAUUCUACGAAAUACCCCCCCAAUCCAAUUCUGUCCUCUCUUUGACACGUCGCAAAUACGCUAGGAUAUAACUCCUUUUCGCGGUGCCGAGACCUCUUCUGUUGCUGCCUUUCUGUGUCACCUCUAUACUCCCGCCUUAUUACGGCCUAAUAGUUAAGAUGAGCGCCCUUGCGUCAAAGCAGCAGUCGCUCAAGAUCUUUGAGAAGUUAAAGACUAAGCCUGCGAACAAGAUCUGCUUCGACUGCGGCCAAAAGAACCCGACAUGGACAUCCGUCCCCUUUGGCAUCUACCUCUGCCUUGACUGCUCCUCCAACCACCGAAACCUUGGUGUCCAUAUCUCAUUUGUGCGAUCAACGAACCUCGACCGUACGUAGACUCCAGCAUAUUCACUUCCCUUACAAAAUCGACUUCAGAGCUAACGAGUUGGGACAGAGUGGCAAUGGGACCAGCUCCGAGUUAUGAAGGUUGGCGGUAACGAGUCUGCCACCAAGUUCUUCCAGCAGAAUGGCGGUACUGCGGCGCUCAAUAGUAAGGAUCCUAAGACGAAAUACCAGUCCAACGCCGCCACCAAGUAUAAGGAUGAGCUCAAGCGCCGCGCUGCGCGAGACGCCCAGGAAUACCCCAACGAGGUUGUUAUUACUGAUGCUACCGACGACGGAGCCGCCACACCUGCUGGCGAGCCCGACGACGACUUUUUCUCCUCCUGGGACAAGCCUGCUAUUAAGCGACCUACCCCUCCUGUCUCUCGCACCGGAACCCCCCCUGUCGUCGGCCGCACUCCCUCUCCCUUCUUGAACUCGGGUAACGGUAAGGAUAUCGCACGUACAGCUUCGCCUCUGUCCCGAUCUUCCACUGGCGACAACAAGCCUGCCAGCCGAAUCACUACUUCCGCCGCUCUACGCAAGACGACCACUUCCACCGGUCCCCGAAAAGCCAACGUUCUCGGUGCCAAGAAGACCACCAAGCUGGGCGCAAAGAAGGUCACUAGCGACGUGAUUGACUUUGACGAGGCGGAGCGCAAAGCUAAGGAAGAGGCUGACCGAAUUGCGAAGCUCGGUUACGAUCCUGAUGCUGAGGAGGAUCCCGCGACCAAGAAUGCCUCUGGAUCUGGUGCCGCCAUCAUCUCUCCCACUCCCGUCAGCCCCAGCCGCGGCACAAGUUCAUCGCAUACUCGCCAGAAGUCUGACGCUGAAGUCGAACGACUGGGCAUGGGCAUGGGCCGACUGGGAUUCGGACAGAUUGGUGGUCCCAAGGCUGCUGCCGCUCCUAAGAAGAACGCCGGAGGCUUUGGUUCCGUUGGACCUGUUAAGGCCGCUGCUGUUGAUGACUCAGAGAGAUAUGCUCGCGACAAGUUCGGCACCCAGAAGGGUAUCUCAUCCGACGAGUUCUUCGGAAAGGGUGCCUAUGACCCCAACUCUCAGGCUGAGGCCAAGACCCGACUCCAAGGCUUCGAGGGCGCAACCGCCAUUUCUUCAAAUGCCUACUUCGGCCGACCAGAGGAUGAGCCCGAGGAGGAAUACGGCGAUCUCGAGUCUGCCGCCAAGGACUUUGUGCGCAAGUUUGGUAUCACAGCUGGUGACGAUCUUGAGAAUCUCACACAAAUGGCCGGUGAGGUGUCCUCACGACUCCAGGGAGCCAUUCGAUCAUACCUCGGGAACUAGACGAACUUUGCCCCUGUUGGUUCGAGGUUUAGGUGUGCGUGACUGUUUCUCAUGCUGAGGAGCGUCCUGUUGGUGAAAAGGCAGCAGAUGAGAAGAACAACCAAAGAGGCAUGCGCCUGUUCGAUUAUCACUAUCGAGCGGGAAUUGGCGCACGGAGAAGAUGCUCUUUGGCAUGAAUCUGGGGUCGGGAUGCUUUUUGGAGCUGGCGUACAUGUGAAGUCAAAGUUGACUGCUUGGUUACUCGAAGUAUGAUAUAGAUUUGAUGUUUUCCUAGUUUAUUAAAUCAAAAACGUAUCAUUUUGGUUCAUUGUGGAUAUUCGUGCACCGAAGAGA